GCCUGUAGUGAGUCAUGAUCCAGAACCACUUUCAGUCUCUUGUCAUCAGUCAGGCUGUGGCUUCUCAGAGUGUAACUGCACAGACAUCUGGUGAACCUAAUUCUAGUUCCAGGAAAACCGAUUGUCUGACCUUUGUUUGGUCUGUGACAGAAGAAACCAUGGUGGACACAACGCAAGAGCAAAUAGUAAUGACGCCAAAAGGAAAGACGGCUAAUUCAACCACUCUAAUGAUAGAAAGGCGGAAAAUUAAGGACGAAAAUGAAAUCAAAAGCGACAAAAUUCAUGUGGCAGGUGGAGCCCAUCAAGGCAUUAUUAUAAAUAAAGCAACUGCUUCAGAAGGAGGAGAUGAGGUACCUGCUCAGUUGAGCCUGGAGUUCCGUGUCUAUCUGGUGAAUGCUCAGACAGGAACUCACACGCAGGAGUCACGCACACUACAGUUUUGGUUCAGCUCACGACUACCGGACCGUGACCACCCGACCAUAGCACAGGAAUUCUUUAAAGAACUAGUUGCACCUCAGGAGUUUCCCAGAGAUUAUGUUGGAUUCAUAAAGAAAAUGAUGAAGUUGAUGCAGCACAAGUAUCCAACAAUCCGCAAACUUGAGAUCAUCCUACGCCAACUAGAUGAGGCUCAUACCAUGCCUACAAGGCCUUCAAGACCUGGCUAUCUGCUGAUAUCAUUUUCCCCAGUAUGUCCUGAUAAAGUGUCUGCAGAUGAAAGUAUCCUGGGAAAGCAAGUGGAGUUGACUGAAGAGAAGGUGCUGGAGCUCAUAGAGUCAGCCUACCCCAAUCCUAUCACUGCCGAGGACAUUGCUAGGGAACACAACUGGGAAGAAGAGCUGGUAGUUGGUCACCUUCUGGAGCUGCAGAGGAAGGGUCUGGUGAAGGCGAUGGAUCAUGGAGCUUACACCAGGAUAGUGCAGCAUGAUACAAAUGUCCAGGUAGUGAAACAAAUGCCAACGAUGGUGAAAGCCAAACAGCCAACUAUCGCUAUAAUUACGGCUCAGUAUUGUGAGAAACUAGCAGUCGACGCAAUGAUCGAAAAUAAGGAGACCUUUGUACGCUACACCACUGUCGAAGUGCCUCCAUCCAGCAAGAACACUUCACUAUACCUAACUACAAGAAUUGUAAGGACCACUAAGUUUGGGGAGUCUAACGUUUACACACUGGGCAACAUGGGAGCUCAUCGUAUAGUCUGUACCAAGCUGCCAACUGUGGGCCACACUAGGGAAGCUAUGACUGCAGCGGGAAACACCACCACUAGACUGCUAGGUACAUUCCAGCAGGUAGAGUAUGUUUUCCUGGUGGGAGUUGGUGGCGGGGUGCCCCACUACACAGAUUGGAACCAACACGUGAGGCUGGGUGAUGUGGUGGUGUCCCAUCUGGGUCCCGACCGCAGGUCUAUCUACACAUACUGUGAGAGUGGCAAGGAACGCCCAGACGGCACCGUGGAGUUUGACCACAAAGACUACUGCCCUGUCAAUCUUCUCUUACAAGACAUCGCAACACAUCUCAAAUCCCAGGUUUGUUGAAUGUAUCACUUUGUA